AUGAAGAAAAUCACAGUUUCUGGUUUACUAGAAGUUAGUUUUGAAGGGCAUUAUCCGUAUGCAGGAUAUGCUCGACCUCGGGAAACUAGCAAGAUUUGUGUUAAUAUUACAGACAUAAACUGUACAAGUGAAGUGGUUAGUUUAGAUUCUCAAUACUUAUCACUGGAAAAUAAGGAGCAUGUGCUUGGGGAAGCUGUAUCAUUGGUUGAUUUAGCAUUGGAAAAAGCAUUCUUGGUUAUGGUUCAUGAUGAAAUUGCUUGUGUUGUUGUUAAUUUACCUGGUGGAUAUUUCUGUGAUGACUUGAUGGAUGAUGUAUCACUAACAGCAAAAGUGCACUUGGAAGUUACGGAGCCAGCAAAGUCAGUGUUUGAUUUAAGUUGUGCUGAUAUUUUAACAAUAGCUGUUAAAUAUAAGAACAUAGGAGUUGAUCUGUAUAGAGAAGGCACUGCAGCUAAGCAUUUAUCUGCCUACUUGUUUUUCUGCAAAGCUGUAAAAUGGCUAGCAAUGAUAGGACAGGAGGACACAACUGAUAGUUUAGAAGAGAUCAGAGCAAUUAAAAUGCAGUGCUAUAACAAUAUAGCAUUAUAUCAUUUAAAUAAAAAGCAUUAUUCCCUUGUUGUAACAUCAACUGCAAAGGUCUUGGAAGUUGAGAGUACAAAUAUUAAAGCUCUUUAUAGGCGUGCAGUUGCAAAUACAGAAUUACAGAAUUAUGAGGAAGCUGAAAGUGAUCUUAAACUGGCCUUAACUAUGGAUCCAAAUAAUGUUCCUAUUAAGAAGCAGCAAGAAGUACUGAAGAAAAGACAAAAGGCAGUAUCUGAGAAGUAUGCUACUGCUAUGAAGAAACUCUUCAGCUGAACUGCUGUUGGAUGAAGUGCAUUGAUUAUAAUAAAAUUUAUAGAUUGUGCAGUAUUAAGUGACAACAGUGCCAUCCUGUAAUAUUUUAAGCUUAAUAAAUUGGAUUUUUCA